GGUCAGCGUCAGUCGGGUGGAACAGGUGGCGGUGGGAAUGACAAGAGCGAUGAUAAGGAGAAGAAAAGAAAGUAUGAACCACCAGUCCCAACUCGAGUUGGCAAAAGGAAAAAGAAGUCCAAGGGGCCAGAUGCUGCCACAAAAUUACCUCAGGUAACUCCAUACACAAGAUGUCGACUGAAAAUGCUGAAGCUGGAACGCAUCAAGGAUUUUCUGCUCAUGGAGGAGGAGUUUAUCAAGAACCAAGAGAGGUUGAAGCCCCAGGAAGAGAAGCAUGAGGAGGAGCGCAGCAAAGUGGAUGAACUCAGAGGUUCACCCAUGUCUGUCGGGACCUUGGAAGAAAUCAUUGAUGACAAUCACGCAAUUGUUUCUACGUCUGUGGGCAGCGAACAUUAUGUCAAGUAUAUUAUGUCCACCAAUUGUUUCACGGUGGGCAUCGAACAUUAUUUGGAGAUUCUGUCAUUCGUUGAUAAGGAUCAGCUGGAACCUGGCUGCUCUGUGCUGCUCAAUCACAAGGUUCAUGCAGUUGUUGGCGUGCUAGGAGAUGACACAGAUCCCAUGGUGACUGUGAUGAAGCUGGAGAAGGCACCACAAGAGACGUACGCAGAUAUUGGAGGCCUUGACAACCAGAUCCAGGAGAUCAAGGAAUCUGUGGAGCUGCCUCUGACACACCCAGAAUACUACGAGGAGAUGGGUAUCAAGCCACCCAAAGGAGUCAUCCUUUAUGGGCCACCUGGAACUGGUAAAACAUUGCUGGCAAAAGCUGUAGCCAAUCAGACUUCUGCAACUUUCUUGAGGGUUGUUGGUUCGGAACUUAUUCAAAAAUAUCUGGUAACUGGUACGGGAAUUUUCCGAGUAGCAGAGGAGCAUGCCCCCUCUAUUGUGUUCAUCGAUGAGAUUGCUGCGGUGGGCACCAAGCGUCAAACUCUGGGGGAGAGAGAGGAGAUCCGGAGAACCAUGUUGGAGCUCCUGAACCAGUUGGAUGGCUUCGACUCCCGGGGAGAUGUCAAG